ACCACCAUCUCAUCAUCUCCAUCGGCAUAUCUGGUCUUUGUUUACCCACUUUGAUGCAACGUUUGUGUUGCUGUCAAACAAAUAACGAAACGAUUUGCUCAUUUGUUGAUAUUUGCAUUUCGCAACGGUCUUCGGGGCAGCAGAAGAAGUCUGCGGAUGCCUCUACUCCCCAUAAGAAUGCAAAUCUCGAGUGUGCUAAAGAUUUCGCAAUGGACUCUGCGAUUUCUACGACCUCUCGGGACUUGAACUCCACACGAGGAAACCACAUAUGUGAGCAUAUUCCCCGCUGGAUGGCUAUGAUGUAAAUCGUAUCACAAGUCGCAGCACUUAAAUAAACGUAAUACAUCUCUUCAUAUUGGCUUAGGCGUGUCAGCAUACCCUAGAA